AUUGCUUACGUCACUGCCCGUCAAAUAUCUUCAUGAUACAACAAAAGAAGAAAGUUUUUGCAGCAGUUGCAGCAAAAAUAGCGAUAGUGUUUUCUUCAAUUUCUACAACAGUUGGUCGAUUUCAAUCCUGGAAAUCGAAAAAUUAUAAAAGAUUCUAACUGUGGGAUCUGUGCGGCAACAAAACUGUGCAUCACAGCGAGAGCGGCUUUCGAUUAACGCGAACGAAAUUUUGUUUUGGGAGGCGUAUUCUGUACGUGGUGCAGUUCGAUUUUUCAUCAUCCACUUCUAUCGUGCACCAGCAAUUGUGUUUUAUUUUCGAACCAACGGCAGAAGACCGAUAGUGCGAUAAGAGAUUCAUUUCGAUAACAGCAAAAGCAGAGUGCAGCCACAACACAACACGAUGGAGUACGAAAGCGUUGUGCUGGUCAAACACGAAGUAUUUGUGUACAAAAUUCCACCCCGACAAAGCAAUCGUGGCUACCGUGCGGCCGACUGGAAUCUGGCCGAGCCCACAUGGACUGGAAGACUGCGUAUGGUUUCCAAAGGAAAGACGUUGGCCGUCAAGCUGGAAGAUAAAAACUCGGGCGCAUUGUUCGCCAACUGUCCGAUCGAAUCGUACCCCGGGCUGGCUAUUGAGUCUGUUUCCGACAGCUCGCGAUAUUUCGUCCUCCGAAUACAGGACGAUAACGGUAGGAACGCAUUUAUCGGACUGGGCUUUGGGGACCGAUCCGAUUCCUUCGAUAUGAACGUGGCCCUGCAGGAUCACUUCAAAUGGGUUAAGAACGAGGAACAAAUCGAGAAGGAAAAGGUGGAACCCAAGCAACAGUUGGACCUGGGAUUUAAAGAGGGCGAAACUAUCAAAAUAAAUAUGAAAAUAACGAAGAAAGACGGAUCGGAAGCAGGUGCUAGAUCUGCUGCAGGUAAGAAAAGCGGUGGAUUGGGACUGCUUCCUCCACCGCCCGGUGGUAAUAAGAUUGCACCGCCGACGACUUUGUCGCCAUCUCAUCAACCUACGGCUGGUUCCGCGGGACAGACAGAGUGGGGCGAAUUUACCUCCGCGGGAGCAAAGCCACAAGCUGCAGCAACGACGCCGAGCAAAACGAACGCUAACUGGGUGCAAUUCUAAGCAGUAGAGAGGUAGAUCAUUGCCUCUCCUCUCCACACACGAAUCUAGCAGAAGUUGUUGAUGAAAGUGGGAUUCCACAUAAUUUGCCCGCACUACACUACAAUGUAGUAGAUCAGAAGAAAAAAACAACAACACUAAACUAAUCCCACAUAUUUCGUUUGAACUUAGAAGGAAGUAUCAUUAUUGAGGGGCAAGUCUACUAGUGUGUGCAGUUUCUGUCUGUUCUCUUGGUUAGAGAGAAUCUGUAAUUGUCAGUCGUAGAUUGACGUAUUAACGAAGCGAAGGGUAGAGAGUAGAAAUAGUAAAUCCAACAAUACAAUCUGAUACCUAAAUCUGUGUAUAUUCAUAUACAACCGGUAAGCAACUUAAAACAAUAUAAAGAAAGGAACACCCCAAUAUUAAAUUUUCCAUUGUUUGGGGUUUGACCACGCUUACUUUUUCCUAAACCAAUCUGAAGUUGUAGACGGAAGGAGACCAGGUUUGCUUUUGUUUCGUAAUCAAAACGCUUAGAAAAACACACAUAUACACACAGCGAGCGAAAAUGUUUCAAAGUUGGUUCAAUGGUACAGCCUGUUAGAUAUUCUAGUAGAAUAGAUGUAUAACGGGAAAGGACAAGUGUUUUUAUUUUACAUUUCAGAAAACGAGACGUAUGUCACACGGCACACGAAAAAUGUAGAGCGAAAUCACUCGUAAUGACUCGUUAUAUUGGAUAUUAUCAUGUUAUGGAAACUGUUAUCGCUAUAAAUGUUCGGAUACUCCACUUACUUUUCGCAUUCGUUUGGAUUGUUUGCCACCACAAAACAAAAACUAACAAAAAAAAAACAGUGGCGAUGGUUUCUUCUUGGACACAUGGUAAACUGAACAUUAACCCCCUAUAAUCUGAUAAACUACACUAGAGAAACAUGAGAAAAGACCAUUAUGUCCAAGCGAUACCUAACGUAUAUCAUAUACACACACAAACAUACAUACAUGUAGUAGACAUCAAAACAAACAAACCAAUAGUCAUAGAAGCCGCUUUCGAGGAUAGGGAGAAGAAUCUUAUAUAUCCUGAGUAUAGGAAGAACAGUAAUAGUAGAACUAAACAAAGUAAAUCGUAUAUUCCUGACGCUGACAGACUGCGGCUUUUUGCUGGGGAAGGCUGCGUCCAAGCUCAAAACUGAACACUAUAAAGCUGACAAGUGAUUUGUUUUGUUUUUAACACGGUACACGGUACUUGUAUAUUCGAUUACGCAAGGGAGUACAACAAUCGCCUUGAGAGAUUGCCGCUUUUAUUACAUUUGUUGUGGAAGAAGAGAACAUAUGUAUUUUAGUUUUUCCUUGAACAAUAUUAUUUUCCACAUUGAUUGUUUUUGCGACUAACGAUCGGGCGAACUACUGUUAGUGAUUGAUAACUUUUGGUUUGAUUAUAUUUUUUUUAUGUACAUGUAAAUUUAUUAUGAAGGAUCGAGAGGAAAUAAUUAUAUAACAUUGUAAGGUAUAUACUAGAAAAUAUCAAUAAAUUGUCACGAAUUA